AUGCUGCCCGCUACUCAGCGGCUCCAUCUGCUAUGGCUCGCGCCGGCAGUCGUUCUCGGGGCGCUCGAGGUUGAUCUGGAUUCUCCAGAUUCUAUCAAAGCCGCAGCGAAACAGGUCGCGUACGACUUGAUGACAUACUAUCACGGCAAUGAGUCCGGUCACGUACCGGGUAUCUUGCCGGGGCCACCACCGGAUGGAGACUACUACUGGUGGCAAGGUGGCGCGCUAUGGGGUACGAUGAUAGACUACUGGCACUACACGGGUGACGAAACGUACAACGAUGUCACAUUCAACGCGAUGCAGUUCCAGGUAGGCGAGAACCGGGAUUACGCGCCGAGCAACUGGACUCUAUCGCUUGGAAACGAUGACCAAUCGUUUUGGGGAAUGUCGGCGAUGCUAGCGGCCGAGGUCAACUUCCGCGACGCCCCGGCCGGUGAACCGCAGUGGCUCGCGCUAGCCCAGGGCGUAUGGAAUGAGCAGGCUGCUCCGGAUCAUCACGACGACGAAUGCGGUGGCGGACUGAGGUGGCAGAUAUUUUCGACUAACAAGGGUUACGAUUAUAAAAACACUAUCGCAAACGGGUGUUUCUUCAAUAUAGGAGCUCGCCUGGCCCGAUAUACGAGAAAUGAGACGUACGCGAACUGGGCAACCAAAACGUUUGAUUGGAUCAUGGGCGUUCAUUAUAUCGACAAGGACUGGAACGUAUUCGACGGUGGCCACGUACCUUAUAACUGUACAGACAUCAACCGCCAGCAAUACUCUUAUAAUGCCGCUAUCCUACUAUCGGGCGCCGCGUACAUGUACGACUACACAAACCAAAGCAAAGAAUGGGAAGACCGAAUCACCGGACUCCUUGACGGCAUGGAACGUAUCUUCUUCGUGAACGGCACCCUCUACGAGCCUUCCUGUGAAGCUGGCGUGUGCUCGACCGACAUGCUGAGUUUCAAGGGGUACGUGCACCGGUGGCUCGCCGUCUCCACGCAAGUAGCCCCCUUUACCAAGGACCGCAUCACGAAGCUUCUACGCUCGAGCGCCGAGAUGGCCGUCAAACAGUGCACGGGCGGUGCCAAUGGCCGACAGUGCGGCUUCCACUGGACCACGGGCGUAUACGAUGGCAAGACCGGUGCAGGUCAGCAAAUGAACGUUCUAGGCGCGCUGUCGAGCUUGCUAGUGAAUGAUGCGAAGGUUCCCGUGACGAACUCAACAGGUGGUACGAGUAUAGGCGACCCGAAUGCCGGAUCCAACUCCCCGAGUCUACCCGAGGCCGCCCCCAUUACGGUGGGGGAUAGAGCCGGCGCGGGGAUAGUUACUGCACUUGUGCUUGGUACUAUUUCCAUUGGGGCCAUGUGGAUGGCAUUAGACUGA